AUGAUCGUGCUGGGGUGGAUAAGACGACCAGCUCAAUGCUUUAAACAAUUUGUUGCAGCUCGAGUUUCUGAGAUUCAACGCAAGACGAAGAUAGCAAAUUGGAGACAUGUUCCAGGAAUAUUAAAUCCUUCCGACGACUUGUCCAGGGGAAUGAGAGCGGACAAAUUAACUGAUAGGUGGAUAAAUGGACCUGAAUUUAUAAGUAAGCCGAUAAGUGAGUGGCCUCAAGAGAAGUCAGAUAAUGACACCGGGGAUACAGAAGAAAGUAGGAUGGCAUUUAACGGGAAUGUUGUUGUGAACCCAGGAGAAGUUGAUAUUGUGGAAUGCAAGACUUGGGAAGAAAUGUUAGAACUCUAUCGACAAAGAAUAUACGGCAAACAGUCAGAAGCUUUGAAUGCCGAGAAGGUAAGAGAAAUUGAACUUUUACUGUUAAAGAGAGUGCAGAAAGACUGUUUUGCAGAAGAGUAUGAGGUACUAAAUAAUGGGGGUAAAAGUGUAGCAAAGAGCAGCAAACUGGUAAAUCUCGACCCACAAUUCGAUAUGGAAUCAGCUCAUCCAAGUAGGAGGUCGAUUAAAGAGAAAUGA